AUGGCUGAUGACUUGUCGCAGUUUUUUGCCAAAAAAGCGGCGAAAUCGAAGGAUAAAAAAAAGAAGGUUAAAGUGAGUGUUGAUGAUGUUGGUCAAGUACUCGAACGUAAAGCGAAAAGACAGGAGGAAAGAGAUCGCGAAAAUGAAGACGUAGAAAAGCGUGCUCAAGAGGAGGCGACCUUCUUCGAGAAGCGAACCGAAGAUUCCGAAUGGCUCGAAUUCAAGGAUACAAAUAAAGAGAUUAUUUUGGAAGAACUUGGUAUUCGUGAUAUGAAUUUAACUGAGCAAGUCGACGAAGCGAUAGAUGAAGAGAAAUCGCAGACUACGGAAGCACCGAAAACUUGGAACAAGACAACCACUGAGAAGAAGGAACCGGAGGAGAGUAUAACACCGCCGAAGCCGGCCAUCUGGAGGCCGCGUCAUCUGGUGGCGCAAAAUGCUUUUAGAACUGGUGUGGCACCAAAUAUUGCCGAUCAAGAAAUGUUUCCGACGUUUGAAGAUGCUGAAAAAAUCGAGAAACUUAAAAAGGAUGAUGAGAAGAAGAGGAAAAAUGACGGUUUCACUACGGUAACAUCAGAUAGAGACACAUCGUCUGGUGGUGGCAGUUGGGCGGCAGCAGCUGGUGGUUCUGCUAGUCAACGAGCUUCUUCAACACCAACUUCGAAUCCAUGGCACAGAUCUAGUCAGCCUGCAACAUCCACUGAUAGAGCAGCCCUUUUCUCUGCUGUUAAACAGGUAACAUCGGGAGGUGCUCCAAAUCCAAUCCCACCGUCAUCGCAACAAGCAACACCAAAAAAUCCAAAUGUUUAUGUUCCACCAAGUAGACGACGUGCGGCAGAACCAAUGCAAGCACAAUGA